AUGGGACAGCUACCAGCUCAACGUGUCACUCCAUCCCCACCAUUCUCACAUACAGGAGUUGAUUACGCUGGUCCAGUAUCAAUUAAAUCUCGGAAAGGAAGAGGAUCAAAGGUAUACAAAGGCUGGAUCUGUGUGUUCGUCUGCUUGACUACUUCAGCAGUCCAUCUGAAUCUCGUCAGUAAUUAUUCAUCAUCAGGAUUCAUCGCAGCUCUCAGACGAUUCAUUCAUCGUCGAGGUGUCUGCACAUCACUCUACAGCGACUGUGGGACAACGUUUCAAGGCGCAUACUCAGAAAUCAAACGACUCUUCGUCCAAGGAACUCAGGAAUCAAGAGAUCUACUCGAUUGGGCCACAGUACAUCAGAUUACAUGGCAUUUCAAUCCACCAGCAGCUCCUCACAUGGGUGGAAAGUGGGAGGCAGCUGUGAAAUCACUGAAACACCAUCUAACUCGAACCAUUGGAGAAUCAUCAUUCACGUUUGAGGAAUUUACAACUCUCCUGACACAGGUGGAGGCGAUUCUUAACUCACGACCCAUGGAGGCUCUUUCAGAUGACCCUCAGGAUCUAUCAUCACUCACUCCAGGUCAUUUUCUCAUCGGAAGACCACUCAACGCCACCAUUGAACCUUCACUCAUCGACACGGAUGUCUCAAGGCUAUCCAGAUGGCAGUUCAUUCAGCAACGUGUUCAACAUUUUUGGAGACACUGGUCCAACAGCUAUAUCCAACGUCAAUUGGCCCGUACCAAGUGGCACCAGGCUCGCCAUGACAUUCAACUCGGCUCACUAGUCCUGCUCACGGAUGAACGAACUCCUCCAACACAGUGGCCACUAGCCAAGGUAAUUGCUCUGCACCCUGGAAAGGACAAUCUGACCAGAGUGGUAACCAUUCAAACGGUCAAUGCCACUCUCACUCGACCAAUCUCCAAGCUCGCACUCCUGCCACUUGCUCCAGAGCCAGAUGCCUAG